GGAGGAGUUUACUAUAAUAGCAGUUCCUUUAUUUGCACCAUUAAAUGACUGAAUCAUAGUCUGGCAUUUUUGUUUAAAGCAGAUUCUUGAAUCGUCUGCACAUAUGCUGCCUCAAGAUGAAUGUAACUACGGAAUGGACGACUACCACCAACAUGACUGAUUCCGCUGAAUGCCAUCCAUCUGAACAUCCAGAGAAGAAUUAUUUUAUUGCCCUACACCUGAUAAUAAUUCUGAUCGGCACCCCAUCCAACCUUUUCUUCCUGUAUGUGUCGUGCCAGCACAUCCGUCAGAAGAAUGAACUAGGCGUCUAUUUGUUUAAUUUGGCACUCUCGGAUCUCCUGUUCAUCAUGUGUUUGCCCGUGUGGAUUCAGUUUACGCUAUAUGAUGAAUGGCUUUACAGCAGGACUAUGUGCAUUGCCUCCGUCUUCCUGCUUUUCACUAACUUCUACUCGAGUGCCAUCCUGUUGAGCUGCAUCGCUGUGAAUCGCUAUUUCGCAGUGGUUCACCCACUCAAGUUUUGCGCCUUCAGAAAACGCAGGACGGCAGUCGCUAUUAGCAUUGCUGCUUGGAUUUUUAUCAUCAUAUUCAAUGCAACCACUGUUGUGUCAAGCAGCAUCUACGAUGAAGUCAAUUCAGUUUGCUUGGAGAUAUUUCCUUUGCCCAAAACACAACACCCGGUUAAUGUCGCUCGGUUUGUUGUGGGUUUCUUCAUCCCUGCGGUGGUGGUGGGCUUCAGUUCCUGGCGAAUCUAUCUUGACGUGAGGAGAAAUCAAACUCUUGGGUUGACGGAACGUCGCCAUGUGUUCAAACUAUUGGGAAGUCUUUUACUGACGCUCUACAUUUGUUUUGGCCCUGUGCACAUCAUGAUGGUCUUGAGAGUUCUUCUGGAGAAGUGUCCGUAUCCAAACUGGCUCUUUAUCAGCUAUAAGCUCAGCGUCAUGCUCUCGAUGCUCAAUUGUUUGGCCGAUCCGCUCCUCUACUGCUUCAUGAGCAGAAUGGGUCAAGCUAGCGCCUCAAAUGCGUUACUCAUUCUCAGGAGACUUUGGAAGAAAGAAAAUCAGACAAAAAUGGUCAUGCAAAAUGACCAAAUCCUCCGGACUGCUGAAUGUUAGGAGUUACAGACUAAUCCCACACAAAAGUUUUGUAAAGAUUACAAAGUUUUGGACUGGACUGAAACUAUGAAAUGAAGGCUUGCAAAGCGGUGUUUGCGUAGUGGUUAAAGGGUCAGUUCACCCAAAAAUGUACAUUUCAGUCAUCAGCUACUUGCCCUCAUAUUGUUCCCCACGUAUGAGUUUCUUUCUUUUGUGGAAUACAAAAGGAGGUAUUGUAAGAAUGUUCACAUGUGCACGCUGAAACCUGGCAAAAACACAAUUUUCUUUAACUGGAUGGAAUUAUAGAUAUUUUAAUUAUUUUUAAGGCAAUGAGUAGAGAUGCACCGAUAUGAAUAUUUUUGGCCGACUGAUUUUAACCAAAAACUACAGACUGAUAUUUUGUCAUCGGAUAACUGUUUUGCUUAGGAAUGAUGCUUUAAAAAUGUACAAAGAUAUACAAAAGAUAUUUUGUUAUAACAGUAAAUAAUUUCCAUGAACAUGGAUUGGAUCUGUUAAACACGUGACAGGCCAAAUUGUUUUUUAAGAGAGCCACAAUGAAAGAUAAGGACUAGACUAAAAAGAUAAUUAAAAAACAUGAUAUGACGAUUGUGUAAUGUUUGAUUUGUAAUGUUUGAUUUGUUUGGUUCAUGUAGCGUAUUUCAAGUUCAUGUCAUGUCAAGUUUAAUCCUAGCCUUGCCAAGUUAGCCAUGUUUAUGUUUCAAGUUUAUAGUAUGUUUUAUUCAUGUUU